GUCAAAAGAAGUAGCAUACGUGAAAUCUUUAUUUUUGUCUUGACGCGUGAGGAUUUAAAUAUUUUCUGCUUUAAAAUCUGAGAGGUUUACGAAGACUUAUGAAGACUUGUUCAAUGAAAACGAGCUUAUUGAUUGAAGACUUACAGAGACCUGGUGAUUUUGAAGCAGCAGACUUUUGAAGACGUUGAAAGUCUUAAGAGGUCAUCCAUGAAAAAGUCUUCACAAGUCAUCUACAAUCAACAGAUGUUGUAAAGGUUCUCCCGCUCCUUGUGUCCACGUUCCUGCCCACGUUCCUACACCUGUCAGAAUACGAUGCGGUGAGGAAACGGAGGGACGAUGACGCCGAUGGCGAUCUCAUGCAGUCAGCAGAUCUCUUCCCUUCACGCUGUGAAGUGUGAGGUGAGUUUUCCUCAGGGGAACGCUCUUCCGAGCGACCACGCCCGAGAGAAGCCACUUCACUGCUCGCGAUGCGGCAAGAGCUUCAAUCGACAGAGUCACCUCCUGACCCACCAGCGCGUUCACACGGGGGAGCGGCCGUACCCGUGCUCGCAGUGCGGCAAGAGUUUCACUCAGCUGAGUAACCUUCACCUGCACCAGCGCAUCCACACCGGCGAGAAGCCGUACCACUGCUCCGAGUGCGGGAAGACCUUCAGUCAGCGGAGUCACCUCCGGAUUCACCGGCGCGUCCACACGGGGGAGAGGCCGUACCGCUGUCCGCAGUGUGGGAGGAGCUUCGCUCAUCAGAGUCACCUGCAGAGACACCAGCUCAUCCACACCGGCGUGAAGCCGUACCACUGCUCGCACUGCGGGAAGAGCUUCACACACACCAGCACGUUCCAGGCCCACCAGCACGUCCACACGGGAGAGAAGCCGUACUACUGCUCGGCGUGUCGACGCCACUUCACAUAUUUAAGUAACUUACAGAGACACAAGUGCAAGAGUCAAGGACCCUGAUUAGUGUACACUGCAUACAAGGGUGCAUUAGAUACGAAUUAACUUCAGUCCUGAUAAGGAAAACACUGGAAGGUCUUUUUCUUUUAUCUUUAUUUUAAAGUUAUUCUGCUUGUUUUAUAACAAAAUUUUAUUUCAUUUAUUAUUUUGAUCUUCUAAGAUUUCAGUGUAUUACAGUUAAACCUUGGAUCGCGAGCAUAAUUGGUUCCUUAAGUGUGCUUGUAAUCCAAAACACUUGUGAUGUAUAUACAUACAUCAAAGCAAAUUUCUCCCAUAAAAAAUAAUGGAAACUUCAGGUUUUGUUUUGUUCCACAACCCAAAAAUAUUAAUAUAAAAUAAUUAAUACAAAAUAUAAAGUAAAAAUAAAACAAAUUUUGCACUUUACCUUUGAAAAGAAUGGUGGCUUUAUUGAGGGAGACGAGAGAGAGAGAGAGGAGGACGAGGAGGAGGUGGGGUUAUUGUGUAGGAUGACUCUCACACUCACAUACACAGAAUCUUUUUUCUAUUGUGUGACUUUAACACUGAAUCUCUCUAACACUCACCUUUACCUCCUUUAAGGAUUUGGUGUAAAUGUGACUUUACGUUGUUGUUGAACAGAUUCUUCUCCCGCACUGAUACAGACUGUUUAACUAUUUUUCUUCACUCGGGCCGUUGUUGCAGUACAGUCACUAAAGUACUCUCAUUACACUUAGACGCAAAAUAAAAUAAAAUGAUGCUUUAUAUGCCUGCACACACACAUGGUCACAAUGGUACAGUAAACAGACAUUAUAAAUGAAUUAUUGUCUUCCCAACAUUUUUCAUUAAACCUAAUAUGAAAUAUGGAAAAACUUUUGUUAUAAACUAAUCAGUUAUUAUUAUUACAUAUUAUUCACAAAAAAAAUUUGUCGUCACAUUUUACUUUUGUCUAUUUUCUGUCUAGUGGAUUUUUUUUAUUUUUAUUUAUUACUUCAUUGUAUGUUUAUUUUUUUACACUCUUUGCUCUUGGUCUCUGGCACAAGAAUUUUCUCUCGAAUUAAUAAAGUCUUAUUGGAUCUUAUCUUAUUAUCACAAUGGUGAUGAAUGAUUUCAGGAAUUCUGGCGGGAAUUUAUUUGUUGUUCCUUAUGGAGCAAUAAACACAUACGUUCUGCUUGUACUGAAGGUCUCCCACCUCUCGACUCCAGGGACGGGGGGGUGAAUCUGGUCUGUGUCUGGCCCGGUGCUUGGUGGGUUUCCUCCAGUACGCUGGUUUCCUCCCACAGUCCAAAGUGAAGGCUGAUUAGUGCUUGUGCCCUAUGAUAAGUUGGCUCGCAGCCUUGUACCCUGAGUUCCCUGCGAUUGGCUUCACGCCCCCACUGACCCGACACAGGUUAAGAAGUAGAGAUAAUAAAUAGAAGAACUAUGGUUUUACAUGCAGUACAAGCUGAGAUGUGGUCAGGACUCGUAUAACAAAGCAGAGUAACUGUAUCUGUAAAACCUGUCUUCACUAACUUAUCACACGAUCAACAUAUCACAAAUAUUAAAGUGUUUGUUUUCUUGUGUUUGUAAUGAGCUCUUUUAAAACAUAAUUCCCGACGUGAUGGUGUAGAAGAGUGCCGUUGUUUUUAGCAGUUCAGACACUAGAGAGCGCUGCUGGCUGAAGGUUCUCCAACACCCUCGCUACGCUGACGACUGCAACCCAGCACCUCAUUUUUAAACAAAAAGAGAUUUCCAAUUUUGUGCAGAAAUGAAUUGAAGCCUUUAAACCACAUGUUUGGGGCAGUUUAAAUGUCAACAGCUCCAGUGUAUUUGCAGGCUCUGUCUCAUGUGUCUUUGUUUUUUAAGCUCCUGAAAGCCGAUGAUUAAACUGACUUCAUUUGUGCAGAUUUGGCUCCAGCAUUAACCUGUUUUUAUGCUCUAUGUCUAUAAAAGGAGAGGAAGGAAAGCUCACACUGCGAGUUCUUUUAAGUUCUUCCCCCUGUCUGCCCACAUCCUGUUCUUCAGCGCAGUGUGUUAAGCGUGUGUUCCUGUCUUGCCACGGCUGUGGCCUGAAUCACAC